AUGUGUUUAGCGAAGCAUCAUGUAAAAACGGUAGAUCCAACUGCCUACUAUGUAUCCGAAUUUAUAUCAGUAACAGAGGAAAAGAGUAUUUUAAAUAACAUUUAUGCUUCACCCAAACCAAAAUGGACACAAUUAUCUAACAGAAGAUUACAGAACUGGGGUGGAAUACCACACAAUAAAGGCAUGGUGGCUGAAACAAUACCUAAAUGGCUAGACACUUACCUUCAGAAGAUACACAAGUUAGACUUAAUGUGCGACAAGAAACCUAAUCAUGUUUUGAUCAAUGAAUACUUACCUGGCCAAGGCAUUUUGCCCCAUUUAGAUGGUUCAUUGUUUUACCCUACGAUAACCACUAUUUCAGUUGGUUCACAUAUAGUUCUCAAUUUUUAUGAGCCUAUAUCUCAAGAUGAGGCUAAUUUAAAACCUCAGUUCUCCUUUCUGUUAGAACCUAGGAGCCUAUUGAUCUUACAAGACCAAUUAUUUAGCCGCUUUUUACAUGGUAUUGAGGAAAUUGAAGAAGAUAAUAUCAAUGCUUCUAUACAGAAUUUGGAUAUGUGUUCAGAAGCUUAUAAAACUGGAAUGUGUAUACCGCGCGCUACUAGGGUUUCCUUGACAAUAAGACAUGUUCCAAAAACAAGUGCCUUUAAACUUAACAUUGCAAGGAGGAGAAUUAUAAGACACUAUUGUGCCACAGUCCAAGACUGUAAUGAGAAGGAAGACAAAAAAACUAAGGAACAAACCCAAAGUUCUGUGUCUGGGAAUAAGAAAGGCGUCGUGCUUGGUGUGUAUGAAGAUGGUGAUAAGUUUGGUCUGAGCACAGCUACUGAAGACAUAAACCAGAAAAGUGGUGGCAAGUUAUGCAAAUACCUCGAUAACUUAUCUUGCGAGUUAAAGCUGGGUAAGGCAUUUGUGGUCACCGAAGUUCUUUCAGACGGCACCUGCGUAGCACUAACGUCUUUCGGCAAACGAGAUCCCGGCUAUAAUAAGCUUGAGGAGCUGAACGAGGCUAAGGAGAACGUUCGACUGGGGGUUGGCGCCGGAGUGGCCGCCUUACGCGAUAGAGGCGUUCUGGACAUCGCAGUCGAUGCCGCUGAUCAGCCGCAGGCGGCAGCGGAAGCAGCGCAUCUUGCCGCAUGGGGUUUUCAGGAAUUCAAAGCACCCGAAAGUCGAAAGGGCGAAGCGAAGCUUUCCCCUUUUGGGCCCAGCGAAAGCGAAGAUUGGGCGCUCGGUUGCAUCUUAGGCGAGUCGCAGAACUGGGCGAGGUACCUUUCGGACAUGCCAGCCAACAUCAUGACCCCAAUUGAAUUAGCGCAGGAGGCUUUAAACGUGCUGUGUCCGUUGGGCGUGCAGGUGACGGUGCGUGAGCGCAGUUGGAUCGAGGCACAGCGCAUGGAGGCGUUCCUGGCGGUGGCGAGAGGUUCUUGCGAGCCCCCUGUCCUCAUCGAAUGCCAAUAUCGACCUCCGGGGGCAGGCGACCGCCCCCCGGUGCUCCUGGGUGCCAAGGGUGUUACCUUUGAUAGUGGCGGCAUGUGCCUAAAGCGAGCCAGCGAAAUGUCGGAGAACCGAGGCAGCAUGGCGGGCGCGGCCGUCGUGCUCGCCGCUCUACGAGCUCUCGCCCUGACUAAGACGCCGAUAAACGUAAACGUCGUGAUACCCGUAUGCGAGAACAUGGUCAGUGGACAAUGCAUGAAGGUGGGAGACGUGGUCACGGCACUGAACGGGAAAUCCAUACAGAUAGAGGAUACGGACAUGGAGGGACGGCUGAUGAUGGCGGACGCGCUGGUCUACGGGCAAGUGCUGCACAAGCCGGCGUUGGUGCUCGACGUCGCUACGCUCACUCACGGCGUGCUCCUGGCGACAGGCGGAGGUGCCUUUGGCUGCUUCAGUAACAACGACGGAGCAUGGGCGGCGAUGCAACACGCCGGCGCGAUCAGUGGUGACAGACCUUGGAGGUUGCCACUCUGGGAUUACUAUCACCGAGAGAUUGACAAUGACCCUGCAGUGGACUUGCGUAAUCGUGGCUCAGGCAGUGCGACGCCGUGCGCUGGUGCAGCAUUCCUAAAGAACUUCAUAUGCAGUGAUUGGGUGCACUUAGACAUCACGGGGGUGGGCAAACUCGCCCACGCUCGAGCCCCGCCGUAUCUGAAUCCUAGUCGUAUGACGGGUCGCCCGACGAGGACCCUCGCCACGUUUUUAAUGAAUGCGGCCAAGCAGCAUCCUGGCAAAUAA